AUGUGCACAGGAAGGUGGGACAUGGUGCUGGUGACUCUGCUCUGUCUGCUGCUACAGCUGCCUGGCUUCGACGCUCUAAUGAGAUUUCCAUCGGCUGAGUUUUUUCACGCCGACAGCAGCCAAGCAAACGUGGUUCCGAACGUUCUUUCGUCUGACAUCUCAGCGAGAAGUCGGCCUCGACGGGCCGAUCUGAUGCCCGGUGUCACGCACUUGGAACUGCUGGUGGUGGUCGGACCUGAUGUCCAGCAGCUCCACAAGCAGGACACGGAACGCUACAUCCUCACCAACCUCAACAUAGCCUCAGAACUGUUGAGAGACAUGAGUUUGGGUGCCAACAUGAGGGUGCAUCUUGUCCGCAUGACCAUUCUAUCAGAACCAGAGCCAGAGAUCCGCAUGUCUCCCGACAUUACCGCUUCUCUCCGAAGCGUGUGCGACUGGGGCCGAAGGAUAAACCCGUCGAAUGACACGGACCCACUUCACGCUGACCUCCUCUUGUACAUCACAAGGUUUGACCUGGUGUUGCCCGAUGGGAACAAGCAGGUCAGGGGAGUAACACAGCUGGGAGGGGCUUGCUCCAGUGAAUGGAGCUGUGUGAUCACAGAGGACACCGGUUUUGACCUGGGCAUCACUAUUGCUCAUGAGAUUGCACACAGUUUUGGCGUCAACCAUGAUGGAGCGGAAAACACAUGCAGCAGGAGUGGUUUCAUGAUGGCCUCUGAUGGAGGUUACAACAGUGUGGAUCUCACCUGGUCGUCCUGCAGUAGACAGCAGCUGCUAACCUUCUUCAAGCAUGGGAAUGCUGAGUGUGUGAAGGAUCUACCGGCCCUGGAAGGCUCCUUACAGGACUGGAAGCCUGGCCUGUAUUACGGGGUGGAUGACCAGUGUCGAAUAGCUUUUGGGAGCGCGGCAAGAAGCUGCUCUUUCACCAAUCCGGAUCUGCCAGUGUGUCGUGUUCUUUCUUGUCACAUAAACCCAAAUGAUGACAGCUCUUGUAAACGCCUACUGGUGCCACUUCUGGAUGGGACCCAAUGUGCACCUCAUAAAUGGUGUCUGAAGGGGCGUUGUGUGUCCCCAGACCAGCUCAGCACCUCUGCGGUGAUGCAUGGCGCGUGGUCCGGCUGGUCUGGGUUCUCCGCCUGCUCACGGACGUGUGGAGGCGGAGUCACCCACCGCACACGUCAGUGCAACAACCCAAGACCUGCUUUUGGAGGAAAUGAUUGUGUGGGUCUGGAUAUUGUGGCUGAACUUUGUAACCUGCAGCCAUGUAAGCGUACCCAGCUGGACUUCAUGGCCGAGCAGUGCUCCAAAACAGAUCUCCAACCCGUUUAUCUUCACCCGGGCCAGGCCUCCUUCUACACCUGGGUCCCUGCAGUGGGCUUCUCACAAGGUGACGAGCAAUGCAUGUACAUGUGCCAGUCGAAGGGAGACGCCUUCAUUGUGAGCCGUGGAUCUCAGUUUGCAGACGGAACGCGGUGCGAGCCCGAUGAGCAACCUCUCUCUGGCUCCACGGCUGCUUGUCUGCGAGGGAAAUGCCAGAUGUUUGGCUGUGAUGGCAUACUGCACUCUGGGAAAGUGAAGGAUGCGUGCGGUUUGUGUGGCGGGGAUGGAUCUUCCUGCACAAUAACCUCUGACUCCUAUAAUAGAGGUCGGGCCAGAGAGUACAUCACUUUCCUGUCUUUGCCAUUAAACGCCACACAGGUUUACAUAAUCAACAGGGCGCCUCUGUUCACUCACAUGGCUGUAUUGUACGGAGAUCAAUACAUUGUGUCUGGGGCGGGCAGGAUGGCACUAACUAUGAGUCAUCCUUCACCGUUGGAUGAUAACAGGUUGGAGUACCGCCUCCAUCUGACUGCUGACUUUUUGCCCAAGAUGGAAGAGAUACUGUUGCCAGGACCAGUACAAAAGCCGAUAAACAUCCAGGUUUAUCGCAGAUAUGGAAAAGAAUAUGGAGAGAAGACAAAUCCCAACAUUAGCUACACGUUUUAUGUGCCCAACGGACACAACAACUUGACAGAAAUGGAACUUAAAAGCAAAUGGAUUAUAAUGACAAAACCUUGCUCUGUCUCCUGUGGCUCAGGUGUGCAGAAGCACAAUUAUGUGUGUGUGGCCAAAGAUAGCAAAACACAUCUGGAGGAACACCAUUGUGAUGCACUUCUUCCACCUUUACCACCGCCUACAUCCUGUCAGCUACCAGCCUGUCCGCCAAGCUGGACCACGGGAGCGUUUGGACCCUGCAGUUCUUCCUGUGGCGGAGGAGAGAGAAUACGUCCUGUGAGAUGUAUUCAGAAACACGGCGCUGAUGUCGUGAGGGUUCUAGAUUCGGACUGUCCGGCUGAUUUGAUGCCAAACGCUGUUGAAACAUGCAACCUUCAACAUUGUCCUGCCAGAUGGCUUGUGUCAGAGCGAGGGGGCUGUUCAGCAGUGUGCGGGCCAGGAGAAGUACAAAGAAGAGUGGCGUGUGUGCGGCGAGAAGAUGGCCGUGAGGUCGAAGUUGACGAAAGUUUGUGCUCGUAUAAAAUAAGACCCCCUGAAUCUGUCGCCUGUGUGGUGGACAUCUGUCCCACUGGAUGGGAUGCAAAGGAAGAGGGCCAGCCUACUCUGAAGUCGUCUUUGAUGCCGCGCUCUAAGCCAGCUCCUGUGCACGUGUGGAGUCCUGUUAGCAGCCAGUGCUCAAAGAGCUGUGGCAAUGGAACAAUGCAGGUAUGGUUCUCCUGCGUGGACCAUCAGACCAGAGGGAGUUUACCUGACUUCCACUGCGAUCCUUCAACCAAACCAUCUCCUAAAUCUGAGAACUGCAACACAUCACCUUGUCCUCCCAUGUGGCGGUCUAAGCUAGGAGUUUGCAGCACAACAUGUGGAGGAGGGGUUGCCAACAGGGUGCUGUACUGUGCCAUGGAAACAGACAGUGAGGAGAAAGUGGUGGAAGAUUCUGAAUGCAGAGACUUUCCUCGACCCACAACAGUGGUGUCAUGUAACAUCCAAGACUGCCCGGCACGAUGGAAGCUUCUGAGUACUUCGCCGUGCUCUGUGUCUUGUAACCUGGGUGUAGCACACAGGACUGUGUCCUGUGUCCAGUUUGUCCAAGGCAAGGAGAGCGUGGUACCGGAAGACCGCUGCCGUGCAGGAAUCAAACCAGCCACCACUGUGCCCUGCCUGGUGCAGGUGUGCACAUAUAAAUGGGAUGCAAAACCGUGGAGCCAGUGCUCAGUGUCCUGUGGAUAUGGAAUCCAGUCCAGAGCAGUGUCAUGCACGGGUCCCUCUAAGCCAGAGCCCCUCAGCCCUCUCCUUUGCAUGCACAUGCCCAAGCCCAUCACCAUCCAGGGCUGCAGCGUGGGCAGCUGCCCGGACGUGCCGGUGCCCCCAACCUUAGUUGUUAUUCCCGCAAUACACCCUGCAGUGAGAGCGGGUUCCCACGCCUCUCCCACCCCGACGAUUGCAAUUCCGCCACAGUACCGUAGAAGAAAAUUACUUCCAAGUCCAUCCAGCACAUCAACCAGCCCUCCACGUGAACACAAUGCAUGCGGACAGCUCCUCUUGCAACAGUCAGGCACGGUGGACUUGAGGAACGUUACCGGUCGCUGCACUUUAGCCAUAGGUCGACCCCUGGGUGAGGUCAUUCACGUCAAAGUAGAGUCGAGUUCCUUAAACUGUGAAAACGGAGAAUACGCGGUCUUUUUUGAUCGGUUGGCGCUUGUGAGGAAGUGCGAUCGGGCAGCAGUUAGCGUGCUGACAACCAGAACCAACGUACUUCUUGUUGGUCAGCAUCUGCUCGUUUUUGGGAACGGAGUUUUGUUCACCUACAGCUCACAAAGAAACACAAAAAAGAGCCAUUAUCAAGAUUGUGACAAGCAGCUGUUUUCCUCCGUUGGAGUCUUUGAGAAUCCCACAACAUCUGAUACAAACCACACCUGUCGGGUCCUAAUCAACUCCCCUCCCUCCAUGAAGAUCAGAAUCCAAGCAGUGCACAUAGAAUUAGUCUUCAACACUACAAAUUUUCAGUCUACAUACAUUAUGAUUCGGGACAAGGAUGUCUUGACCACCAACGUGUUUAAAGGCCCGGAGCUGUUUUUGUGGCACUCCUCUGGAAAUAUGGCCGAAAUUGAAUUCCAUGGAGAUUACCUGCACACUGUGGGAAGUUUUAGGGCGGAAUAUUCCUUUGUAAAGCUUUGAGUUUUAAGAUUUCUUAAUAUAUUUUUUACACUUAUCUGUGGAUGCGAAUCUAAAAAAAAACAAGAAAUAGAUUAAAUGUAACAUUUAAAAAGUA